UUUCUGUCCUUCUCUCCUUGUUUUUCCCAUUAUUUCUUCCUGCCUCUGUAUACCAUUCUCUGUUUACCUCUCUCUCCCCCUCUAAACCGGAUUGCUUCUGACAACUGCAAGAAACUUCCAGUAUCCCCAAACACCAAUUCUGCAGGUCCCUCAACCAGGAUGUCCAGCUCUGAUGGAGAUUCUUUAGAACCCCUGCUAGGCCCACUGGAGCUAGAGUGCAAGAUUUGCUAUAAUGGUUUUGAUGCAAAACAGCAUCGUCCCAAAGUACUGGGCUGUGACCACCGCCUAUGUGCCCGCUGCCUCAGAAAGAUGGCCUAUAGCUGGGGUCCUGGGACCCCCACUUCUUUGUGCUGCCCAUUUUGCCGGCAAGAAACUCCUCUUCCAGAGGACCUGCAGCUCAUACCAGAUGACAGUUCAUUGAUUUCCAAGCUCAGCUGCAAUGAGUGGACUCACAGGCGUGGCUGCUCUGUUGCCCCUGAGGUUCUCCUAAGCCCUGGGAACUUAUGUGGGGGUCCUAGUUCCUCUGAAUGCCUGGUCAUCACCAUCAUGGAGGUUUCUGAGGAACCCCCAGGGCCUGGAGAAGAUUUGCCAGUUUUGGAUAUCUUGAGUGUGAAGAUCUCAUCCAGCCUAGCAUGGCUACCUGGUCGUUGUGCUCCUCAUCGAUGUUGCCCUUGUCGGCCAGUGCCACGAGUUCUUCUUGGUUUCUUGUGUCUUGUGUACUUUAGCUCAUUGCCUCUUGGUGUGUACCUCCUGAUGAUUCAACAACUUCCACUUGGCAUUGUCCUGGUUAGUUUAGUGCCAUGCACCCUUGUGCUUUGCCUCUUAUGUCAGUGUUUGUGCCAUGAGUUGGCUGCUAGCCUUGUUGACUGA